AUGCCGUUCGGAGAGUGCACGAUCACACUUCAGGAUGUGGCGUACCAGUUGGGGUUGCCAGUGGACGGGCGUUAUGUCAGCGGUUGCCUUACAGAUUUCCAGAUAUACAUCCAGGGUGGCCGUCCAACUUGGGUGUGGUUCCAGGAGUUGCUUGGAGUGAUUCCUCCUCCGAGCCAGGUUCAGAAGUUCGCAGUAAACUGCACUUGGUUCCAGGAGACUUUUGGAGAGUGCCUCGAGGGAGCCGAUGAGGAGAUUGUGCGGCGCUUUGCUCGUGCCUAUAUCAUGAUGUUGUUGGGCACUCAGCUAUUUGCUGACAAGUCUGGCAACCGCAUUCACAUCAGAUGGCUUCCCUACGUACCUAGGCUUGAGGAGAUGGGUACCUACAGUUGGGGGUCUGCAGCACUGGCAUGGUUGUACCGGUGCAUGUGCCGAGUGGCGAACAGACAUGUGGUGAAGUUAGCAGGCCCACUUCAGCUACUUCAGUCCUGGAUCUUUUGGCGCUUUCCUAGGUUUAGGCCUGCCGGGUAUGAUACGUGCAGCUGGCCGUUGGCCUCGAGGUGGUCAGGUUACAACAUUUCCGGUAGCGAGAAGGGACCUAUAGUGCAGAUGUGGAGAUUGAGGAUAGACAUGUUACAGGCCAGGGAUUUUAUCUGGAUGCCGUAUAGCUACCCCGAGGUACUGCAGGUUGUGCAUCCGGAGGUGUUGGAGCCUCGGCAUACGGCGAUGUGGUGGUCUGUGACGUCACUGAUAUACUUUGCCGUUAUAGAGUGGCAUCAGAUAGAUAGGGUUCUACCGCAGUUCGGCGGAGUCCAGCCCCGUCCGCAGCCCGCCCUGAACAUCGACUUUCUGAUGUCGAAGGACGGGAGAGGCGGUGAUCGUUGGUUCCCGUCUGCUUUGCAGUUCUGGCAUCUUCAUUGGGAGAGCCAUGCAGACUACGUUCUCUGGUUCGAUGUUGUUGCAGACCCUGGACCCUCACAUGACUUCCUGGACUGGUGGAGUCAGCAUGGAAAGAGGUUCUUGUCACCAGAGAUGUAUUUGGGGGAUCCGAAAGCCGUUCCUAUUCCUGUGGAGGCGUCACAGAGGGGUGCUGGGUGA